ACAAGAUCAUACUAGAGGCCUACGUAAAGGAAGGGGUAAACAUUCAUAAGAGGGUAGUAAAUCAUGUCUUCUACAAGAAUGAUGGUGACUGGGGGUAUCCCAAGUUCAUUCCGUGGCACGAGGUGUGUGAUCCACAGAAGGGAUACAUUAAGGAUUACAAGAUCAUACUAGAGGCCUACGUAAAGGAAGGGGUAAACAUUCAUAAGAGGGUAGUAAAUCAUGUCUUCUACAAGAAUGAUGGUGACUGGGGGUAUCCCAAGUUCAUUCCGUGGCACGAGGUGUGUGAUCCACAGAAGGGAUACAUUAAGGAUUACAAGAUCAUACUAGAGGCCUACGUAAAGGAAGGGAUACAUUAAGGAUUACAAGAUCAUACUAGAGGCUUAUGUGAAGGCAGAUGCUCCUUGUAUCCUAGCUGGAUGUCUCAAAGAAGUGGCUUAGGGACAGAGGGUUCAAUUUGAUGAUAAAUAAUCAACACUUGUCUGUAAAAUAUACUGCAGACUACUGUAGGCGCGGAAAGUAUAUGACCAAUGUCUGCCCUUCUUGUUUUUUUUUCGCCCUCUCGCAUUAGAUUUAUGGUCUCCAAAGGACGUCAUCCAUAAAAUUUACUUGGUGUGGCCUUACAGUUAAAAACAAUUUUCAUACAAUUGUGUGAUCUGGUAGCGAUUUACAAAUUUCACGGAAAACACAAGACUGUUCUUGUGAGUAAUUCUGACACCCCACAUGUCAAUGUUUCUUGUACAGUUCCAACAUUGAAUUACAUACAUAGCCAUCAUGUGACCACAUCUAAUGCUUGCUGUAUCAUAUUAAUGAAUAACCGUUAUGGUAUUUAGAAUUACAGUUUAAAUUAUUCAAUAUUUCAACACAUUUAAACCUUUAGAUUCAGACAUCGACUUGUAACAACUAUGAUUGUUUCUGAUCAUAUCAACACAGCUACUGUGCCUUCAGAGGAGGCACGUGUGCCUUGUCACAUGAUUCACCCCGCCGCACCUCAAGAGAUGUCAGCUGUGCAGCAAGUCCUCAUGAAACUGUCCACUGCAGGGGCCGCAAUCGCAGCCUGGGAGAAUGAACUUCUCACCGCCCUGGUCAAGCGACAGUUAGCGGCCUCUGCAGAUGGGCAGACGAUCACUUGCAGGACAGGUGGACUGCCAAUAACAUUGAUGAAGGUUACAAAAGCGAGGAAACCUACGAGCCAGGUCAGUGCAUCGACUGGUCGGAGGAGGACCCGGGACAUUGCCACACUCCGGGCAAUCGAGAGUGGAGGGGACGAGCAGCAACAGAUGUCCUUGGAGCUCAAGUCCCUGGGCAGACAGCAGCUGCAGGAUAUGCUGAGAGACAUCGAUGUGGGGAGCAUCACCAUCCCCACUGGCCACCUGCUGUCUGCCCAGUUGGACCUGGGCUUGAACAAUUCGCAACGCAUCAAACUCCGUAGGUGGCUAAAACUCCACAAUGUGGCUAGUGAAAGCGAGAGAAGGUCGCGGCAGCUAGCCAAGGAUCACCUCCAAGAACAUCAAGUGGAAGCGGAGCUGCUACCUUUGGUGACCAAAGGUAGCAGAAAGGGGGGCAACUUGGUGAAGCUUCAGCCUGUGGCAAGGGUGACCGAUGUUAGAGGCUCGAUUAUCGACACCCUUGAGAAGAUUGCAGCAGAGGGACACUUGACAUGGCAUGAGGGGAAAAUCCCUGCAAGUGAGAUUUGGAUUAAAGUCCUGGGCGACCACGGGGGCCAGCUAUAUAAGAUGGGGUAUCAGAUUCUCAACACUGUACACCCGAAUGCAAAGACAAGAGUCUUCUCCAUCUUUGAUGGAAAAGAUUCAAGGGAGAACCUGAUCACAGCCACCAAGACUGCUUGCACAGAUGUGGCAGGUCUGCAGGCCUUCACUUGGAGAUCCCCGGAUGGCAGAGACAGAAGACUGCGGGUGUUUGCUGCUGCAGAUUACGCUCUCCUGUCCCUUUGGUUCGGCCUUUCUGGACCCUGUGGUACCUACCCCUGCUUGUGGUGUGAAAUCCAAAGGACCAGUAUAAAACUACCACAGGAAGAAAGGGGAGAGGACCGAACCCCGGCUGACAGAACCACCCUAACCCUAGAGGCCAACCACAAUGCCUUCAUGCAGGAAGCGGGCGGUGACAUAAGGAAGGCCAAGUCCUUUAGAAAUGUCAUCGCACCAAGCAUGUUGGAAGUGCCAAUAAACCAGGUGUGCCUUCCCGCACUUCACAUGAGCUUGGGAGUUUUCCAAAAGCUGUUUAAGAUGAUGGAAAAAGAUCUCCACAGCUUAGACGUCCUGAUGGCCCAUCACCUCUCCCGCGCAAUCCUACCAGACCCGGAGGUGGACAGGGGUGAGGUGCUGCUACAUCCUGACUUGUAUACACUAGAAGGAUACCUGAACGCCGUGGAGGAGGCGACAGCGAUCGAGGAGGAAGUGGACGACAUAAAAGCAGAGAUGGAGGAGAUGGUUGACUUAAUGGCGUGGGCCAUGCUGCAGGGGCAGGAGGAAUGCCUCAUCAUGCUGUCCCUGCAGCUCAAACACCAGAAACUCCAACAGAAAAAGGAGGAGCUGGAAGCUAGAGCUCAGGAAAUGCGGGAGAAGGCCGGGACCAACAUCACUGUUGGACCACUCACAGCCCUCCUGGAUCCGGUUCUCCAACAGUUUCACGUGAAACGCCAAGCGUAUCAUGCACAAUGCUUCGUGGGGAACCACGUGCAUGUGAUGCUGAAGGAAGCCCCAAUCAAGCAGCUGACCAGCAUUGCUGUAACCAAAGCAGAGGAGCUCAUGGACGACUUUGACUUCCCCCUGGCCCUGUUGACAAGAACAAGAGAAAUAAAGGAGAAGUAUGAAAGGGCUUUUUGGCCUUUUCGCUUCCUGUCACCAAGGGUACUCACACACAAGACCAGUGUCAGAAGAAGACAUUUCCUCCCUAGAUGACUGCAUCAAAGGGUUCAUGACGGAUUUCCGAAGGUCUUUCCCACGGGCAACCAUCCCCAUUAAAAUGCACUUACUUGAGUCUCAUGUUGUGCCUC